ACAAAGUGACGAUGAUAACGUAUGUGUCUGAUUGAACGUUCCAGCAAGUCAGAUAUGGCGGCGAAAACUUCCGCCACCGCUUCUGCUAUGUGUGCCUCGCCAUCACUGAAAGUUUCGAAGGAAGUGGAUCCUCAACAUGCUUCUGAGACCUUGCAUUUCGUUAACACUAUGGGCGCUGGCAUCCCCGUUCCUGAAAAUUGUAACACCCAUGGCUUCUACUCCCUCUUUCUUCGGAGUUUCAUCAAAGUCGAUCAUAUCCAACGAGGAAGAAUCUCUUGCACUAUUGUCGCCAAACCACCUAUCUGUAAUGGCUAUGGAACACUGCAUGGUGGGGCUGUUGGGUCAUUCGUUGAAGCUCUGUGUACUGCUUGUGCAAGAACAGUAGUUGCUGAGGACAAGGAACUUUUUCUUGGGGAAAUGAGCAUUUCUUACCUCUCUGCCACUCCAACAAACGAAGAAGUGCAAGCUAAUGCCUCCGUGGUGAAGACUGGAAGAAAUCUGACUGUAGUUACACUUGAGUUUAAACUGAAGAAAACUGGCAAUUUGCUAUAUAUUACUCAUGCUACCUUCUAUAACAUGCCAGUUGCCAGUUUAUGAACAUUUAGCUUUCUGUGGGACGUUGUUUUACAGUUCCAUUUAAUGUUUGUUAUAACAAAAUUGACUUGUUAAGAGUGUAAAUUGACAUGGAUAACUUAGAAUGCUGCUGAUAGAUCAUGUGGUUUAUACAAAGUGGUGAAUUGAAAGAAUG